GUCACGUAAGCGGGAUAAGUGACAUCCAGUUUCAUGUGCCUGUCGCUUGUUUCGCUCUUUUAUCGGCGGUAAAUAUUAAUCAUAUUCCUACGCGUAAUUCAACUAGAUCUCGAUCGAUGUUCAAAUUGUUUGAAAAAGACGAAUUAACUAAUUCAUUUACAGAUUAUGAGUGUAGUUGUAUUAAAUUAUUUAAUAUUGUUUGUGAAAAUGCAUUGUGCAAAUAUCGGUAUACUAUCUUAUGUUAAUAAUAUUGCCACCUUUUUUAUAUGAAUAACAGAAUAGCUAUAAUUAUAAUCGCAAGUGUUGAAUAAAAAUUUCGGAUAUUAUAGCUGGAAAAGUUUUAACCUAGAGGAAAGCAUUUAUUUUAUUUUAUUUAUCUACAAAGAUAACGUGAAACGCAGAGUCGUUUGAAGAGGUAAAUCUGUCCCAAGGAAAGUACAUACACAAGUUUAUCAUUUUGCUGAGAAGGAGAAACUUGAGAAAACAAACGAUCGUUAGUGUAUUUAGUGCUUCCAAUAAUUCAGUACACAAUUUUAUUCGUGCCUGCUUUAAAUAAAUGAAUGAAAUAUAUUUUCAUGCAUUAAAAAUGAGAAAGAAUUUAUGAGAAAAAAUGGUGAUGGUAAAAAAUAAUACAUAUUAAAAUACAAUUAAACUAUUAGAUAAAAUGUUUUGAUAUAUUUAUUUUAUAAUUGAGAAAAAUUAAAAGUGAAUGUUGGUUGUGAAAAAAUAUAUAAGUGAUGGAAUCUGAAUACUUGGAAAUUUCUUGGAAAACAAAAAUACAACAAAUACGAAAACGAAUUCGUGUUUUAUUUAGGGACACGUUAAAAAAAUAUAGAUCAAAGAGAAAGGGUUAUACCAGAUUUCUCACGGAUGAUGAAAAGAGGUGGCUUAUCAUUGCCGAAUAUGACUUGUCCAACCGGCUUGGAAUACCUUAUAGUCCUUGAUUAUUUAGGUAUACGGCUGAAAAAUACAAUAGAAGUCGAUCAUUUUUGGAAUGCUAAAAAUGAAUUCUUCGUGUUGAAUAUCAGAGGAGAGACAAUAUUUAAUGUUACGGAACAAUCAGAUUGGUGGGGACGUUUAUGUUUGGGUGCUUCUCGUACUUGUGAAUUUCAUGUGACUGAUACUUACGGAAGAGAAAUUCUGCGUAUGGUUCAACCUUUUACUUGUUCAUUUCAGAAGUUACAAGUGUAUUCUGAAGAUAUAUUACUCGGUUCUGUUUCACAAAAUUGUUUCUUUCUAAGGCCAACAUUUUCUAUUAAUGAUUCGACUGGGAAAACUGUUUUAAAAUUAAAAGGACCAAGGUUUCCAAGUUGUAAUAACAUAAUAGUGUAUAAGAUAAAAUCUGCAGAUGAUAAACAUAAAGUUGGACAAAUUAAAAUAACGUUUAAAAUGCUAAAUUAUUUCGUUCCUUUUACCGAUAUAACUACUGGUGAUUUCAAUAUAAAUUUUCCUUUAGAUUUAGAUGUUAAAAUUAAAAGUAUUCUUCUUGGUGCUUGUUUUUUACUCGAUUUAUUUUAUAAACGAAGAAGACAAAGUAUUUUACUAUAAAAUAAAAUAUUACAAUGAAAAAAAUAUUUAUACCAAAACGUACAAUAUCAUUAACGAUUUUGAUUUAUAAAUAUUAUUGAUUUGAUAUUUUUGUAUUUUAGUAAAUAAUUUGAAGUAAGAAUAUUAUUCAUUAUUCAAAGUAUAUUUAAUAGUGUGAGAUUUCGCGAGUUGUGUGAGAUUUAUCUUUUGAGAUUUCUAUUAAAAGACUAAAUAAGUUAUUCAAUUCCUAAAUUUUCAAUUAACUUUACAAUUCUAUAUAAUAUUAUUAUAUAAAAAUCACUUAUUAUAAAUACUAUUAUAUUUACAAAAUAAAAUUAAUAAUUUUUUUCAAAAAUAUGCAGUUCCUGUUAUAUUUUCAAAAGAGGUAAAGUUAAAGAAAAAAGUAGUAUAUUAUUACGUAUGUCUUUUUAUUCGUGUUUUAAACUCACAUUUUCAUACAUCUGAUAGUGAAACUGUCUCAGCUGCAGCAUUUAGUAUGCUAUAUUCGUCGCAGAUGUUCUUGGUUUUGGUAAAAAACGAGAAUGCAAAAACAACAUGCGUGUAACAUCCUUUCCUACAUACGUUAGAAUACUGCUGCCGGGAUGUUGCAGACAUUGCACUUGUUGCAUUUUUUUUUAACACAUCAAAGAUCGGAUUUGUAAACUAGAUUUAGAUUUCAAAAUGAAAGAGUCAAAAAUUCUUUGUUAUAGUUCAGAAUUUCUCAAUAUUCAAAAAUUAUUUUUGUCAUUAAAUUUUAUAAUAUUUAUUUAGAAACAAAAUUUAUAUAGAUUUUGUUACUUAGCAAGAAUUCUUUUACUUUUACAGAAUAUAACUUUAUUUCAAAAGAUAAUAUAAUCGUUAAAUCAACGUUUCCAUAAAAGUUUUGAAGGAUACCAAGACGAUAACAGUUUGAUAAUUGAAAUAUUGAAUAAUAUUAAAUAUUGAUAGAAAUAUUCUUUGAAAAAUGAUUCUUUUUUAUUUAUAUAAACUUAUUUUCUAUAUUUAUUAUUAUUAAAUGAUACUUCGAUUUAUUUUGACAUGAACAAAAAAUCUGUUCAUGAUUGUAAAAAAAUUAAAUAGAAUUGAAAUCGAUUUUUUUCUGCGAAACAUUGUACAGAAUUCAAAACAUCCUCAACAGCGGAAAACAUCGCGAUCCGUUCAAUCAAUGCAAAUUUUUAUAUAAUGAUUAAUUCAUUUUUGCCUCGUAGUUAGACAUUAUUACAAAUGUUGAAGAAUUUUUACGAAAUAAUACGUGUAGAUAUAAGGAUAUUUCCGAUAAAUAAAAAAAAAAAAACAAAAGAAGGUUACAGAUAAAAAGAAUAAAAAAUGAAAGAGAAAAUGAAAGAAUACUGCGUGUAUUUUUUCUACAUGCUGGAUUACAUGUUUUUAAAAAAAAUAGGAUGAAACAAAAGUAAAAUACUUUUGAAAAUAUAAUAAUGCGUAUUAUACGUAACAUAUAAUACAAGUAGCUCUUCUCUUUUUCAUUUUGUUCAUAUGGACUGAUAAAAAGGAACUUGAUUCAACGUAAGAGACAUAAUAAUAAUGGUAAUAAUAUUAAUAAUAGUAAUAAUAUUAAUUAAUAUAAUAAUAAUAAUAAUAGUAAUAGUAGUAAUAAUAAUAAU